GCAGUCGCCAACGACAACGUACAGUCUCCCCCUCCGCUCCUUACUCACGACGUUUUUCUAGCUUAUUGUCACUUUUUUUCUCCACCGCCAGAUGACUGACGUGUAUUCUGCGGCACCCAACGGCGACGUCGCCGCCUCUCUCAAUGGCUCUGCCCAUGGCUCGGGCUCAGUGCCAUCCAACGCUGGUUUUCCUCCCAUCGUCCGCAAAAAACUGAUGGGCUACGUUGGUUUCGCCAACCUCCCCAACCAGGUCCACAGAAAGAGUGUCAGGAAGGGUUUCCAGUUCACUGCUAUGGUCGUUGGUGAAUCUGGCUUGGGAAAGUCCACACUCAUAAACACUUUGUUUAACACCACUCUCUACCCGCCGAAAGAAGUACUGCCUCCGAGCGCGGAGAGGCCCAAAACCGUCGCUAUUGAGAGCAUCAGUGCCGACAUUGAGGAAAAUGGUGUCCGACUCCGCCUUACCGUUGUAGACACCCCCGGCUUUGGGGAUUUCGUCAACAAUGAGGACAGCUGGAAGCCGAUUGUUGAAAACAUCGAAUCACGCUUCGAUGCUUAUUUGGAGCAGGAGAACCGUGUCAACCGGCAGAAAAUUGUGGACAAUCGUGUACAUGCUUGCUUGUACUUCAUCCAGCCUACUGGUCACUCGUUGAAGCCGAUUGAUAUUGAAUUCAUGCGCCGACUUCACACCAAGGUCAAUCUCAUUCCCAUUAUCGCAAAGGCAGAUACCAUGACGGAUGAGGAGAUCCAGAACUUCAAGGCGAGGGUCCUGAACGAUAUUGCAUAUCACAAGAUCCACAUCUUUGAUGCUCCAACGUACGAGAAUGAGGACGAGGAGACACAGGCUGAGCAGGAGGAGAUUGCUAGCAAGAUCCCCUUCGCUAUCGUUGGAUCAAAUCAAUUGGUGCAAACCCCUGAUGGUCGUCAAGUUCGUGGUCGUGCUUAUCCAUGGGGUGUCAUCGAAGUGGAUAAUGAAGAGCACUGUGACUUCGUUAAACUCCGCCAAAUGCUUAUCCGGACAUACAUGGAAGAAUUGCGCGAACGCACCAACUUGUACUUGUAUGAAGCCUAUCGAAGCGAGAAGCUCCUUGGUAUGGGUGUUGCUCAAGAUUCCAGUGUCUUUAAAGAGAUCAACCCUGCCAUUAAGAUGCAAGAAGAGCGUACUCUACACGAGGCCAAGCUUGCGAAGAUGGAGGCCGAGAUGAACUUAGUCUUCCAGCAGAAGGUCGCCGAGAAAGAGGCCAAGCUAAAGCAAUCGGAGGAGGAACUGUAUGCCAGGCACAGAGAGAUGAAGGAAGCCUUGGAGAGGCAGAGGCUGGAGCUGGAAGAGAAGAAGAAGCGCAUCGAAAGCGGCCGACCGCUUACUCCCGAAAACAAGACGAAGACCAGGAACCGGUUCCUGCGUUAGGUACCCAAGUCGUGUGGCGAACGUCAGUUAUUUCUUUCUUUUCCUUGCUUUCUUCCUAUCUCGUAUGCGUCGGUUUUGCUCUGUUUCUUUAUCCUCCUUGUCGCCUGGUCGUUUACCGUGCGUCAUUGGUACAUCUCUCGUUGACUUAGGAAGUCGUCCGCUCCUUAUUGUUCAUUAUCCUUCUCCGUAUCGAACAUUUUGACCGUGGUUUUUGUCCCUUGAUACCUAUUUCUUUCUCUUUCUAUGUGACCAUCUUAUUAGUCAUACUAUGGAGCCUUUUUCUCUGUCUUGUGCCUAGGAAUGACGGGAUGUUAAUGAUUUAGCACUGGC